AUGGAAACACAUAAAACAGAACAAGCAACCACAUCGGCAGUGUCAAUAGAAGCUGCAGCAAAUCAAACUCCAUCUGCUGCAACACGUCACUUGCCACAUAACAAUCCAACAUUUCAAUUACCACUAUCGGAAGCACUAAAAGAAGCAGCGAGAAUCCAGGAGUUCCGAGGAGAUAAUACAUACGACGUCACAUCAUUUAUUAAUGAAGUCGAACUUUUCAUCGACUUGUUUGCCGCUAGUAAUAGUUUAGCGCUCGACGAAAGUACUGAUAUGUCAGAUACAGCCCAAUUGGCAGUUUUCGUGAGAGGAGUAUCCGAAGACUAUACCGUUAUCGAGGAAUUGUUAGAUUUGCGUUCAAUGAAAGAUACAACCACUGGACAAGACAUCUACGAAGAAGUUAAAAGUUGUAUAGAAAAAUAUGAACUUCAAACAGAAAAUCUUUGCGGCUUAACAACAGAUGGUGCGCCUGCAAUGACAGGGAAGAGAAACGGCUUUGUGGCUUUGAUGCGUCCCUUCAAAACGCAUUGGUCCUAUAACACAAAAUCAGUGGUAUAA